UGAUAUGCAGUCAGGUGGGAUCCAUGGGUAUACAUUACAUAAAAUGAUAAUGAUAGGGUAUUCAAUUUUAGAAUGAAUUGAAAUACCUGUGAAAGCAUGAACAAGUUCCACCUAUUCAACAAUGGUUUACUGAGUGCCAGGCACUUGUUUAGAAGCUGUGGAUAUAAUAGUUAGCAAAUGGCCAAGAUCCUUGCCCUUAUGGAGUUCACAUAGAUAGCCAACUAUUAAACACUAAUAAUAAACACAAAUAAGACAGCCAUAUAUAAAUAAAUGGCACCUGGAGGAGGGAGAACUAUCUUAGAUCUAGGGAUCAGGAAACCUCUCUCAUGAUACUCAGUGUUUGUGAAUUGAAUGAGUUCCUGUGACAUCACAUAAAGUUCUUAAUUCCCUAUUAUGACCAUCCCUGAUGACACCAGUGUGAUGAGUCGGUGAACAGGGUGGGUACACACUGGAAGAUUAGAGUGGUUAUGAGCCGACGGAGACUGUAAAGGAAACAGGUAGAUAGACUGAAUAGCCCAGGCAUCCCACUCUUGGAAGGACUUGUUAUCCCUUUUGAGGAUAGAUAGUACCUUUUGCUUAGAGUGAGGAGUUUUCCCAGCUUUUUCUUUUUUUGGCCUGCUUUUUCUUAACAUUGUCUUCUCUCAACCUUCCUAGAUUUCCUCAUUUUCUUCUUUCUAACACCAGUGUUUCUACAUUAUUUAGAGUAGCUCAUGGCCACACUCCCAUCAAAGAAGACACCUCAAGACUUCCCACACACUCAAAGUCUUACAAGAAGGGGAUGAUGUAGCACAAGUUAAGGUUGAAACUGAAAUUCAUCUGUAGAGCCAAAAAACUGGGCAAACUCAGUAGUGUUUCCCAAAGAGAUAAUUUUAGGAAACAGAGGGUGAAAUGAGCAAAAAUGUAGUCAUUACAGAGCAGGAGAAAAAUAAUGAAUAUUCCCCUGAGGAUACUGAUGACAAGUUGUCUGAAUCAACAGAUGAUGAUGGUGAGGAUGAUACCAAUGAUGAAGAUAAUGAGGAAGACAGUAACCCUAAUAAGGAUACUCAUGCCCCAUUAGAGUUAAUGACAGAAUUCCUGAGAUCAGAAAUGGGCCAAGACUACCAUUUGGCAAAAAAAUUAUGUCAGAAGAUCCUAAUCUAUGAACCAGAAAAUCCUGAGGCCAAGGAGUUUUCCUCACUUAUUGAAGAAAUGCUGCUGAUGGAGAAAGCUCAAAAUCUGGAGGAAGAUGAUGAAGAGAGUGAAGAGGACAGUAGUGGUGAGAGUGAAGGGGAGAGCAGUGAGGAUCCAAGUGAAGAAAGCUCUGAUGAAUGUGAAGAUGGGUGAUGACAGUUGCUGCUAUAGUUUAAUCUUCGUGUAUGUUCAUUACUGUAUACUAUGGAAAUACAAAGAAGAGAGCUGCA